AUGAUGACAUUCCCCAAGAUGGGGCAAGCUCUUCUCAGGAUCAAGCACCGCGUUCCCCGCCCUUGUCUUCAGGGAAUGAUGGCGCGCAAUUCAGCUCCGCAAGUCCCAAUUGGCCGCCUGCCAUUUCAAGUCCACCAAAUGAAGUCACCAACGGUGCUCAGCAGCCAAUUCCUCUUCGGCGCAGCGACAGGCAGACGCAAGGUCAGCUGCCAGUGA